AUGGAAAGUGAACCAAAUAGAACACAACAUGAUUAUCAACAUGCUGUUGAAUGUUUACGUCAGGCAUUGGAAUCCGAUGAAAAAUCAAAAAAUCCUCAAGUGACUAUUUCAUUAUACCAAAAAGGCAUCGAUGAAUUAGAAAAAGCAAUAAAUUUAAACGUGGAUCCAAAUGAUAAUCGUGCUGUAGAAUUAUGUGCAAAGAUGCGGAGAAAUCUAGCUAUGGCUCGGGAACGAGUACAAGUUUUACAAAAAUCAAUUAAAAAAGAGCCCACACCAUUGGCUAAAGCGCAUAUCCUACCAACUAAAAUGAAUCAUCCGACACUACCACGCAAUACUUCUUCAGCAGCAUCAUCUGCUUCACCUGAUUGUCGCUCUCGUGUUGCCUCAUCGACUUCUGCUUCAUGCUCACCAACACGUAUAACACCUAAAUGUAAACAACCACCUUCAAAAUUAGUCUAUAAUCGAAAAAAAGAACCAUCAGCAAUAACCAAUGAUAAGAGAGUACCGGUUCAAACUCCAAAUCAACGAAUAUCACUGAAAUUACCGAACGUUGACCCUAAACUUGUUUCAUAUAUUCUUGAUGAAGUUAUCGAAAAUAGACCACAUGUCAAAUUCAAUGACAUCAGUGGUCAAGAAGGAGCUAAACGAGCACUUGAAGAAGCUGUUAUUCUACCUGUUCUUCGACCAGAAUUAUUCACUGGUUUACGUGCACCUGUACGUGGUAUUCUAUUGUUUGGGCCACCCGGUAAUGGUAAAACAAUGCUGGCGAAAGCUGUAGCUUCCGAAGCACAAGCUCGAUUCUUCAAUAUAAGUGCAUCAAGUUUGACGUCAAAAUAUCUCGGCGAAGGAGAAAAAUUAGUUCGCGCUUUAUUUGCUGCUGCACGCGAGUUACAACCAUCGAUUAUCUUUAUUGAUGAAGUGGAUUCAUUACUUACGACACGUAGAGAAUCGGAACAUGAUGCAAUGCGUCGACUCAAAACGGAAUUUCUCAUUCAAUUUGAUGGUGUUCAAACAAAUAGUGAUGAUCGUAUUCUCGUUCUUGCUGCAACCAAUCGUCCAUUUGAAUUAGAUGAUGCAGCAUUACGACGUUUUCCUCGUCGUAUCUACAUUCAACUACCGGAUAAAAAAACUCGCCAACAACUCUUAAGAAAUCUACUUGCUAAACAAGAACAUAAUUUGACGGGCAAUGAUUUUAAUUUAAUUGCCAAUGAAACUGAUGGUUACUCAGGCAGUGAUUUAACUGCUUUGGCAAAAGAUGCUGCGAUGGGUCCAGUACGUGAACUACGUGUUGAAGAACUGAAAGAAUUAUCAGUUAGUCGUAUUCGAGCAAUAUCAAAACAAGAUUUUGGUCUAGCAUUAAGAAAAAUUCGAGCAAGUGUAUCACCAUCAACUCUUGAUAAGUAUAUUCAAUGGAAUUCAACAUUCGGUGAUUGUAGUUCAUAG